AAGUGGGCACAGAAAGAGCGAAAACAGAACCAGCGAAAUAUUGAUGAGAGCUGGUUUGACUAAACCUGUGGUGUAGUUAAAGACGUUCGGUAGUCGACAUGAUGGAAAGGCAUGGGUAAUGCUGGAAGCUCGGACAAAACAAUGUUUCAAGGUACGGUUUUGUCGCAUACACAUAUCGAAAUUAUUCGUCGUUUAAAAUUUUUCACAUUAAGGGUAAAAUUUUUAUUGAGGCCUCGAGUUGCUUGUAGUUAUGUCAUAGUUACCACUGUGAAGUUCAGUUCCCGUCUCUUCUUGCAUCAGUAAAGAGCAUUUAAAGUUAAAAUCUCCGAAGUAUAGCACUUUUCAUAGCUAGAAAAGGGAUUAAUUGUUAUCGACUCGAUUCGAUCUAGCUAGCUUUCUCAUGAAAUAUUUGGUGACAGUUAAUUAUCGAGUAUUAAAAAUUACCAGAAAUAGUACGUUAGAUGAACUUUUUUCCUUAGCAAACCAAUUUUUGUCAAUCGUAGUUAGCAGUCUUGAGCCAGGUUUUCCAGUAUAUCAUCCAUGAAGAUCUUACAGAAAACGAUUCUGAUUUGGUGAAGGAUGCUUCGAAUUUAUUUUGCAAAUGCAAGCGUGUUAUCUGACAAUGAUUUCACCCGCGCAAACAAUAUUUAGAAGUUCAAACUAUGACACUUCACUUUCUUGCAAAUACAAAUCUUGUUGUAAGCUGGGUGAAUUCAUAUUAUAGGGAUUAUAAGUAAUUAAUUAGAGUCAUUUAAAAUUAGUCUAUAGUUUUCAAUGAAUUCUUAAAUUGUGCACUAUCAUAUUCGCUCUAAAAAAUAAUAUAAGACUGUUUGUUUGAUCGUUUUCCCUAAAACGCAUAAUAAUCUUUUUGUAAAAUUCUAAGCGAAUAUAUAAUAUUCGCAAACCGUUUUAACCCACCUAACUCUUAUUUAUUUUAGUUAGAUGAAGGCGUUUGUUUUGGCAAUUGGAUCGAAACAUCUCUAUUUUUUCGUUAAAACAAUAAAUGCUUCUGCCUUUAAAACAAGGUGGAAUUACCACCUGUUUUUUCUUUACUGUAAAUGUUGUAAUUUCAGUAUAUCUGUAUGUAGAGGCAAAAACAAAAACACAUCACUUUGUAUUUUGCCUAUUACAAAAAACUGUCACCAGUUUGAUUGCCGGCAACAAUCUACCAUGCGACCGUUUUGUCUUGUUAUGCGGCUGCGUGUGGGACUGGUGAUGAAGGUCAUUGAUAACAGCCUCGCUUCCAACGGCGUUACGUAGAAGAGCGCGAUCAAAUGGUCGACUCUGAUAGUCUAGGUGCAGUGAAAGCGAUAUUCACACGAUAUUCGCUACUGAUUCGCGGGUUUUGAAGGUGACGAACGACUGGGAUGGGUAGAGAAAAAGACUAUUGGGGCGGACACUUUUUGAUUGACAUAACCAAAGCAAAUUUCUAAUGGGGCUCGUUUGUCUUGACGCCAAAUACCUUUUCCACUAAAGCUUUCAAAUCAGGUUCCAAGCGCCCUAGAGAAACUGCGGCCCACUGUGAUUCUCUUUUUACUAUGAAAGCCAAGGAAGAAGUGCAGAUUUCACUGAUUUCUGCCCAUUGACUUCUGACUUCUGACCCUUGAUUACAAACUUGAGACUUCCAGCUUUGAAAUAAUAACUUCAGACUUGACACUCAGUUUUCAGACUUCCGACUCAUGACUAAUAACGUUAGACUGCAGGCUUUAGUUUCAUAUUUCAGAAUUGAGACUUCGGACUCUGUCUGAUGUCCGAAGUCUGAGUAGUAACACAGGGACUGAACUUAAGGAAAUCGUAACAGCGCGACUCCGUUCGAAACGAACACGAUCUCUAUAAUAGGAAAGUUAACCCUUUCUUCAUUUUUGUCUUCGAAAAACAACAACAACAACCACAAACAUUUUUCUGAGCAGGUUUGGUGUACAACCUCGGAGACCCAGGGUCAGAGUUUGAAAACUUUUAUCGGGAAGUUUUUCACGAUUUUGCUGGCUGCCCCUGCCCAGUGUAUGUUGCGUCAAGAAGCCGUCAGAUAAAUUGUUUGCUAGUAAAGCUCUCAAGGAUUCCUUAUAACUAAAAAAAGUUUAGGUUUUGCUUGCGCAAAUUCCUCUGAGAGCUGGAAAAUUAAUUCUAAUGAACCUUAAACUUUGUCCACGAAUUCUCACCACAAUAAUUAUCAUAUUUGUUUUAUUUCUCUGUAGUAGCAAAGCAUUCAACUUUAUCACCGCACUGCGGAGAGGAUAGGCACAUGUUACCAGGAAGAAGCCCUUCACCGAGCAGGAGAAAUCAGGAAUCUCACCAGCAUCAUUCCAAGUUCGCGCAAAUAAAAGAGGUCGUCAACGGUAAGGGAACAGCCUUUAAAAUUAGAAAAAAAAAAAUGACUUUGACAUUCCUCGGCUCCUCCUGCAAAUCGCAAUUAUCCGUGACGAUGAGUAAUUUUAAUGUUAACGAUCUUAUAUCACCCCGCCUAUACACGUCUAAACCCCGGCCUAACAAGUGAAAAACAAUUUUCGUGGUUUAAAAGUCCUUACUCUCUUGAUUAAUACUGAAAAUUAUACACUAUACCACGGUAGCGUUUAAAAAGGAGUUAAACUGGUUUUUGGAGUGAAAAUUAAACUGGGCGCCAUUUUGACCGGAAGUAAAUAACACCUAACCAAAAGUACACAAAAUUAAGCUUUUGUUCAAGCCAAAAUGACGAUGAAAUUGUUUAUUAUAUAAACUAAUCGUGGCUAUUAAUAUGUGAUAUGGUGCCAUCGCAAGUUUUUCCUGUUCAACCGGUUUUUAGAGUUAUUACUAAAAUGGCCGCCAUUUUGACCGGAAGUAAAUAUCACCUAACCGAAAGUACACAAAAUUUAGCAUGUUGACGUCAAAAUGACGACAAAAUUGUUUGUUCUAUGUUUUUUCGGUUAUUUAUGUCGUAUAAAAAAAGUCAACCGUGUUACAAAUUAGCGGUUUAAAUGAGAGAACCUGAGGUAAAAGCGGGAUAAAUAGGGGAUAUUACAUGGCCGCACGGGGAUACGAAUUUUAUCUUCGAGUGAGAGAUACUUUCAGCACGAGAAGAUAAAAUUCGUAUCCCCAAGCGGCCAUGUAAGUUUCGGUUUAUUUUAUAGAUACUGAUAAAAUUCCAACAUAAAACACAAGUUUUUUUAAUAUUCAUUUUCGAAACAGUAAAAUAGUGCAAUUAAAGUGGUCACCUAUGGCAAAAUGCCUGUCACAAAAAUGUUAUGAAACUCGGAUAUAAAGUUGUAAAGGAGAAACAAAGACAAUAAUACGUAUAUUUUCUGUUCCAAAAAGUCAAAAUUUUAAUGAAGAAGAGAAAAAAUACGUUGGUAACCAUGGCGACACCAAUAUCCGCACACGUGAAAGAUAAAAAUAGUAUCUUCACUGCGCGCGAUGAAGAUAUGAUUCUUUAGUAAAAGGAAAAAUACUGGUAUUUCAUCAGUAUCUAUAUAAUAAAAUGGAAAUGCAGCUCAUUCAAAGCAAUUCAUUUCAGUAGUGAAUUUAAAAAAGGUGUGAAACAAUAAUUCACAUUUUUAAGCAUAGGAAAGGCCAAACAUAUGAACAGAUUUAACUACCAAAAAACAGAUUAUUUCUUUUUACUUGUUUUAACCCUUUAAGUCCCAAUAGUGACCAACAUCAAUCUUCUCCUGACUCACAAUAUCCAUACAAGGUCAAGAGAUUAGGUUUUUAGAAUUAAUAAAAUUGUCACCUAAGAGAAAAUCCUUUAAUCUUUAUCAAAUUCUCUAAACUUAUCCUUUUAAGGAAAUGUAUAGAGACCAGUUUGAAGAAUUUGUAAGGGUUAAAAGAGUUGAUCCACUAUUAACUAGAAUGCAGAAUGCUUUGCGGCUUUCAAAGUAAUUUGAGGUAUACUAGCUCCAUCAUUUUGUGUUAUGGAGGAGUAUAAAUAACACUCUGUGCAUGUACAUAUUGGAUUGAGAUUGCUUUCACGAUAACGCCUGCUCAUUUCAAAGUUUACCAUUUUCAAAAAGCUUCCGGGAAAUCCGUUUGGAAGGUAAAUGGGUCCCCUACUCAGCCUACUCUUUACAAAAAGCAGAAACAGUGUCUGGGUUCUUUAACUUCCCACAGCAUUUUAUAUGAACAAGGACCGUGAGAUGGGGCCUACAGCUUUUUUUUUAUUCCAAGAAGACUAGAAAGUCUAACCGUUUGCAGAUGACAUUAAAAAGGCAGCACUUCUUGUCAGUUAUUUAAAGAUCCUGAGUGACAGUUGGUCCGGCCGGGGUUUGGAACCGCGGCUUCCCGCUCAGUAGACCGGUGUUUAUCCACCUGGAGCUAACCGGGCGGCGGCUUAAUUCAGCUGUAUUUCACUAUCAAGUGAAUCUGUGCCUCUCUUGACAUAAGUGAGAGUCUUCAAUGUAACCACCCCCAGAAUGUCAUUUAAUUAUCAUGCACUGAGCAGCACUGAUUAUCAUGCUAAAGUCCACGUGCAAGAAAAUAAGGAAAAAGCGUUUUCCGAAUGUGCAUCACUUACGUUAAUCCCCUGAGCAUGUAAAACGUAUUCUCUUGGACAUAGUGUGUGGCAAAUAUGUGGCGCCGAGAACAGCUUGAAAAUAAGAUCUGGGCGGGUAAACGUCUAUCAGGAGCUAUACUAAGAAAGUUAAAGAAACUGGAAAAAGCUAGUUCUUUUGUAAAGAUCGAAACAAGCAGGUGCUUUUUGGAUUCCUUGCACAUUGAGCAACGCAUGUCGUCUAGGGCUAGAUGUCCAGUCUUUUCAGAUGCUAUAUCACAAAGCAGAUUCCCUUCUUUUAAGUCUCCAUGUUGUUUGUGUCCAAGACAUUUUCCAUGAAGCUCCUCUACCAUGAAGCCAAGUUAGCUUCCCUAUCAUAUAUCUUGGUGCUAAUGUACAUAUACGCUACCUUCCAGCCUACGAGAUUGCUAACGCAUUUACUAAAAAGGCUGCCUUGCACUUCCUCCGUUCCAUGCAUUCACAAGAUGUGACAAGAAAAGAUUAUUUUCUCUAAUCGGAGUUGUUUUCCCUUACACGUUCUUCUAUACGAUAGAAAAAGUAGUUCUUUACAGUCAACUGACGAAGCCAAAAGUAGUUUCUUUGACCCGGCCUGCAUUACUCAAACAUUUCAAGGGCACGGCGAACCAUGCUGGCCACAUAUGGAGUCAGCAGGCACUGGUAUCAAGCAUCUCGGUUCCUAGUGUGCAAGAUUGGGGCUGGAUGUCUCUAAGAGGAGAGUGGCGACUCUCUUGCACACCACUGUCAGAAAUUACAAAGUUGAGGGUGGAACUAGUCAAGUACGCUAGUAAGAAGGGCUAGGCCCAGAAGAGUGACAAUCGUGGAAGGCAAUCCCAAACUCUUUUUUCGAUUACAAGCACUCGUCUGCAUGAAGUAUCAAGUCAUUAGGUCACCGAGAUAUCACCAGUUCUUCUUCGAUAUUCUUUAUCAUGGCCAAAGUAGGCUCAAGUUUAGUGAUGGAUUAUACAUGAUGAGGAUAGUAAAUUGAGUGUAUACAUUAGAUUUAAAGAAAAUAUUAAAGUAAAGAAAACUAGCAUUUAAGCUCAUUCCUUAAAAGUUCCGACUCUAGUAGUUUUACUUCCGGUCUAGCUGGCGGCCUGCACUUAUAUCAUCGUUAUUCUAUUUUUUAGACGAUUUGCGUUGAAAUAAUAUCUCUUCGUAUGAAAAAACAGCUGCCUUAGGCAUUUUCUGACAUUUUCUUAUCCAAGUUGCUAAAAUUCAGACGUUUUAAAGGAAAUGUUAAUUUCACUUCCGGUUUAAAAUGGCCGCCAUAUUAAAACUCUUAUUUUUUGCACUUAACGGCCUUUUUGGCGAUGGCACCAUAUCCUAUCUUUUUUAGGGCCUUGAAAACUAUCAUCAUGCCAAAUUUCAUGCUUUUAACAGAAAGUGAACAAUUGAAGCACAUAUCUGCUCUACUAUUAGGAGAUACUGACUAGAGUUUACAGAUGGUGUGCUGGCAUGGGCAGUAAACAAUCAUGUGAGAAACGAUGAACUGAAAUACACAUUUUGUUAAUUAUUGGGUCAAUCAACAGUGUGGGAUAAGGGACUACUAGGGUGUCCUAUACAAUCAAGGGUUCUUUGUAAUUUGGGUCCUUAGAGGCCAGUUUACAUAGUCGUACGAAAAUAAUUUGAAGCUGUUAGCGCGCGUCAUAAUGUGCGAAACUCAGCGCAUACGCAAUAAGGGUGUUACCAUUUAAAUUUAUGUUUAGAUGAUUCUGCUGCUAAAAAUCAUCCAGCCAACUAUUUUCAAGAUUGUAAGAGAACGCCUAAAUAGCGUCAGGACACCCAAGUAACCAAAGGGCACAAAAAGAUCAGUGUGCUGCUCUCUUGGGGGCUCGCAGCAAAGGUGAUGAUGAUGAUGAUGAUGAUGAUGAUAGAGAACACAACACAAACCUUUAUCUCGCCCCAUGUAAGGGAAUCCAGGACAGUCUUGGAUUCUGGAUUCCAUGCUGUGGAUUCCGGAUUCCGGGUCAGGAUUCCGGAUUCCAGCACAGUGGAUUCCGGAUUCCAAAAAGAGCUGGAUUCCAUUUUUUUUCCGGUUUUAAUGCUUUUCUUCGCACUUCGUUUUCGUGUUCGAAUCUUGCUAUAUUGAAAGACGUUGUUAGAAGGCAUAACAAGUUUGUUUUCUUUUUCGGUUUACAAAAUUGCGGGAAGAAAUGUAUUACAGUUCCGUAAGGGUUUAUGGUAUACGGAGGGGGACAUUGGGGGGCCGUCUACACCGCAACACCGCAGAAAAAAAUAACAAACACCACAUCGCCGCAAAAAAACGUAGCGAAACACCGACAUCGCAAUUUAAAGUUUUGUCCUACGAUUAAUCUAAUCCAAAUCUCCUUGUAAAUGGGGAUGGAGGAUCUCUCAGCUGGUUAGUGAUUAGUAGAGAGUGAGACUGACCUCAGGACUCUAUUCUUCACUUAGUCUACUUUUGUGAACGCUAUUUUCAGCCAUGCUGAUAGAAAAAUGCAUGCAACGCCCAGAUUUCGCCUGUUAUCCUUUUGUUUUAAAGUCUUUUUGUAUUAAAAGACCAUACAGAUCAUCCUUCACUCCGGAUAUGAAAAAGCAGUGAAAUAUUUAUUAUUUAAUCAAUUUUAACCGACGUUCCUAGGAGGGUGGAACUUGUUUUGGGUCGUUGUGGAUCUUUUGUCUAUUAGUUUUGAUCGUUGUUGAUCAUUUAUGUCGUUUUGGCUCUUUUUGCCUAGUUUCUCGUUUUAUUAGUAACUGGCCAAAUAAACAUACGCUGUGGCGUGUGCAAUUCAUUCUUUGCAAAGUCUUUGGUUCUGUUCACUAAGGAAUAGUUUUCCGUCUCAAUAAAACUUGAAAAACUAUUUUUAUCUUUUAAGACUUUUUAAAACUCUCUCCCCGUGUCAAUGAAGACUUUUGAAGAGGGUAAAAAAAUUCUCGCGUAGAAGCUGACGCGUACUGCUUUGAGGUCUUAGCGAGCACAAUGAUAAUGAAAUUCAAACUAACUGUCACGUUGAAUUUGAUGUUAAAAAGAACAAAAACAACAAAAAAUUAGUUGGUUCAUACUUAAGAUGUGCGUAUAACCACGUUUUGUUAGAAAAAACUUCACGGCUCUAUCAAAUUCGUUAUUUAACACGUCGAAAAUUGAGGAUUUAUUUCAAGCAUGCGCUCUUUCAUCGCCCGUCACAUUCCUGACAGGCAGUAAUCGGAUUUGACCAGAUCUUCGGCUUCGUCAGUAAGAGAUCUGGGUCUCUGAGAUGGUCUGGGGUCUCUAGGAUCCAUUUCAAACAGAAAAAAAGUAACGGGCUAAACUGAUCUCAGAUCAGUCUAAUUUCCAAAAGCGACCUCAAUGUGAACGAGGCCUAUUCAGGGGCACAACUGGAGAAAGAAAACAUGAAAAAUCCGUCUGUUCCUCGACCGAGCCUGAGAUGAUUGAGAGAUCAAGAGAGACUUGAGCGUUUCUGACGCGUUGGCUCGUUUUUAGCGUUUUACGACCAUAUAGCGCUCAUUUAUACGAUAUUUUCUCCACGGACGACGUAAACUUCAUAUCACAUUCAAUUAUGAUUGCGAAAAAAUCAAUCUUUCGUUCAUGUUUGUGACUUGCUUACCGCCACUUUACAAUCCACAGAUCGACACAAACGAAAAAUCAUACAGCUUUGCCUUUGGCACGUUUAGAUCUAUCAGUCACCUAAAAAUUGGUAUAAAAUUUCACAACACAGAAUUACACGUACCUUUUUCUCUCAGCCUUUUAUUUUGCUUGUGCUUUCCCAUAACCUUUUUUUUUAAUGACGUAGAAAAGAAAAAUCCAACAGACAACAAACUUCAAACUCGUCUCAUCGAUGAGGUGGCGAGAUUUCACGCGUCCUUGCACGUGAUUACUUUAGUGACAGCUGAUUGGUACGGUUCUGACAGUACCUAGCUUAUUUCUGAAAUAUAGAUUAUCGAAACCAUGAAACUGUUCUCACCGAAACUGCUAGGACCAAAUUAGGGACUAGGAGACUGUGAAUUUUUUUCUCUUUUGGUAAAAUGUUGAAAGUUGACGUUUAUUUUCAAUUGUGAACCAGCAGGACCAGGAACGUUCAAGAAAAGUUUCACCCCAUGUGCACCUUUUCCGGUCCUAUGCCAGGUCAACUCGUUUUUGAUUUUUAAGUUCAUCGAAGAGAGUGAACAACAAAGAAUCAAACAGAGGUUGAAGCUAUUCAGAACAAUCCAAUUUAUACCUUAAAAAGGCUGCGCUGUAUUCCCUCGAAAACCCCCGAAUUUUGUGAUCCUGCCAGCCGCUCAUAAGCAAGGGUUCCCUCGCUGACCGUGAGCUUGACCUUUCAUAUGGAGCUCGUUAAGUAUGGUUUUGACACCAGAUAUGCCGAUAUUACACUGUAUGUCAUCACGUUGAGGCAUAUACCCUGGGGAGGCUUUCCAUAGAUAGUUUUUCUUUCGAGCGAGUAGCUCAAUCCAAUCUGGAGUGAAUCUUUAGUAAGUUGGAUUCUGGAUUCCAAUCUUUAGAAGGAUUCCGGAUUCCUAAUGCUGGAUUCCGGAUUCCAAAGCCCAGGAUUCCGGAUUCCACGAGCCAAAAAUUCCUGGAUUCCGGAAUCCGGAUUCCCUUACAUGGGGCGAUUUAUCGCAUAGUGUUUAGAAUAAGCUUUACUAGUAAUAAAAUACUAAACUAUGAAUCAGCAGGAAUCAGUGAGAAAAAAUGAACAAGCCUGAUAGAAAAUGAGAAGAUCAAGUAUGAUUCUUUUUAUAAUCUAUAUAAAAAAAACCCCCAAGAAAUCUAUAGAAUAUGUCCUUGAAUGACUUACUAAGGCUGCCUCUAAUUAAAUGAAAGUAGCCUGCGAAGCAGGUUGUAGCCUGUUCCAGGCUCCGAGAUGGUGGUGGAAAGUCGUUCAGUAAUAAGAAAUGAGAAAAACGCGCAAGGGCUGGGGAGAGACAGGGCGGCGGAGCCUGUACGCAUUUUUUUAACGGCCUGUUCCGGUAUAUCAGCUCCUGAUAUACCCUCUGAUUGGUCAAUUGUGACAGUUAACAUCAUCACCUAGUAGCGUGGUCAUUAGUUUGUCAUCACCAAGAUGGCUAACGCGAAUCGCGCGUGUGAUCUUCAUGAAUCGGCGUUGUCUUGUGCUUUAGACGAGUGUCUGCGACUUGGCUCGCGGUAAAGAUGUUUUCGGUAUUAUGCCCACCGGUUUCGGCGAAAGUUUAAUCUUUCAGCUAUUCCCACGCUUGGCUAAAGCUGCUCUAAUCCUAGAAAACUCUGCGAUAAUAGUCGUUUCGCCGCUGAUAUCUAUAAUGCGAGACCAAGUGGAACAACUGAAAAAGCUUGGAUGUCCGGCCGCAACUAUUUGGCAUCGGUGAAGAGGGAAAGGAGGACGCGAAGAAAGCGAGAGAAGGAAAGUGCGAAAUUGUUUUCGGUAAUCCGGAGUCCUGGUUGAUCACAAAGUGGCAAUAACAAAACAGUCCAAAGACUGUUAAGCUUUAUAUUCCGCUAUUACCAAGGGAGAAACUACGCGCUCCAGUCAAAAGACUCACACUAUUUUCAGAGAAACACUAUCAAGCUGGAGUUUACUAAGUCACAAUGCAAUUCUCCUUAGUUGAUGUAGCUUAAGUUUAAGCUGCACUUCAUUCUUAUAAUUCUGGAUCUGUAAAUCACUAUCCGUGAUAAUUUAACAUUCUGCAAAGAAAACUAACGAGCUGGGCCCAGCGUGAUACAACAUUGCAGAAAAAUAUUACAUUAAUUCACGGACUAAAGAAAAUCACUUAGUUAGUCAGAUCCAGAAGGCACUUUGGAGAAAAUUAAAACCCUUAUUCAGCCGCAAUUAAAAACUUUACGCUUCUAAUUAGAGGUCAAAGAAAAUGCUCUCUCAUCAGAGGGCAAAUCCUGCCGACCAGAAACCAACGCCGUAGUAAAUCGAUUUUUGUGCCAUGACCUCUCAUUGUGAAACAAGCGGCUAAAGUCACAUUUGCUCAGUGACAAUGUAGAACCUUCCAGAGCAUAACCUCAAUACCCAUCAGAGGAAAAAACUUACCGCCCCCUUUUAUUGCUAUAAACUAGGGCCAAAAAAACGGAUGCUCUCACAGGAUAACGAAUUCGAAGACAUAAAUUUCCACACAUCGCACAAGGAAUUCGCGUCGCGUGCAAUGCUCACGCGAGAAACUUGAGAAUGAUUGUAGCUAACUGAAGUGUUAACAGUUUUGACAGCCGAAUCCGGACGUGACAAAAAUGGGCGGAAGAGGGUCGUUAAAGAAAUGCUAACAGGCUCUCUCUCCCAUUUUUCCCGCCGCCACCGCCCCCUUUCCCAAGUCGUGCUAGUCUUAUUUUCGCUUUGCUCGUUUUAAUACGUUCCCACUGUACUAUCUGAGAGCCUGGCACAGGCUAAGCAGGUUGCGACAAGUCAUCCAGCGGUCUCUACAAAACAAAGCAGUGUCAUGCGCAAUGUGUUACCCUCUUAAAAUAAUUUCAUUAUUUUAGCAGAAAAGGUUUCUUUGAUGUGUUUUGGUUCCUAUUUUGCCUUGAAAGCAAGUGCCGAUGUCUUGAGAAAUGGGUCAAGAUUUAGGAAAAACAAGCAGGCUUCUAAGUAAGAGAUGUUUAUUAAAACCUGGAGAUUUUUUUGUUGACAUAACUGAGUUGCCUUCCUUGUCUAUUAUGUCCUUUUAGGCAUUCGACGCAAAGGUGGUAAGAGAGGACUCGAAUCAAAAAGCGAUCAUACAUCUUCUUCUCAUGGUAAGUUGGGUUUCCUUUUUCUUCUCGAAAGUAGUCGAUUGAGGAGAGAGAGAGAGAGAGAGAUUGUCAUACGUUCCGGCGAAAGGAUUGGCGUAUCUCCAAACAAUAAUUUACAUCUACUUUAGCCUGCUUUAGCUAAUUUCUAACUUUCAACAUGAUAAGCUUAUGCCUCCGAAUUUUUAAGCUUAGUAGAAAAGAACCAAUUUUGUAGGCUAUUUUUUUUUUUGGCGCAAUUUCUACCUGUGAGAGCGCACGAUUGCAUUUAGGUUUUUUUAGAGCCUUGAGUAACACAAAAAGUGAUGCCAAGUUUGCUCUGUAAACAUGUCUCUAUGUGUUAAUUUGAUUCGUCAUGCCAGAUGCCCUAUCUAUUUGUACGUAUGAAGACCAAUUGCGAAAUUAUCAAACAAAAGAUCAACACUAUUUAUAUAUGAAUUGUUAAACCCAUAUUUCCCUGCAAGCAGAGUUUCGCAAGGAUACUAUGUUAGCACCAAAGAUCCUUUAUCAAAAUUUACUCUAGUGUUGGUAUUUGCUUGUAAGGGUUAAUUUUUGGAGCGAAUGUUUUCAUCCUUAUUUAAAGCUCUUUAGCAGUUUUCAAGAGUUUAAAAUGUCAUGUUUCUGAGGAACAUCAGACUGAUAUACAGUAUGAAAAAAUGACUGUAUAUAUAUUUUUAGUUCUCUUGGGAAUACAUGAAAACUGGUGUGCAUGUAUUCAUAAUUUAUAGCUUCAAUACCUGCUUAAAUAAGAUGUAUAAAUUAAAUCACGCAAAAUGUGUCCCCUAUAAACAAGUCAUUUUGUUUCCAGAAAAUAUACAGAUCUAUCAUGGAAGUAGUAUUAGUCUUUGUCAUUCAGGUGUUAUUGUACAGCAAAAGACUUGUGUGCUUGCUCACUGGCAACAACAGUCGGCAUAUCAGAUUGUAAUGCCAUGCUCACAUAUCAGUUUUGUGGCUAAAAUACUCUACAAUCUCAUGAUUUUGAACCUGAGUGGUGUAAAUUGAGUCUACAAGUCACUAUUGCUACAAUUUCAUUUAAUCUCGUUUUAGAGAAAAAAAGAAAAGAACACAACAUGUGCAUUUUGUAAUAAUUCUAUACCUUAACAUCAAUUCUUGCAAAACCUCUGAAAAUCUUGGUGGUGGAUUAUUUCUUUUGUUCUAACUACAUAUUAAUUAAUAUAUUUUUUUCCUUUAAUAGCCAGAGAAAUGUAUGUACAUGUUUUCUGGGAAAAUGUAAAGAGCCAUAUGCAAUUUCCACUUUAGAAUACGUUAUCAUGUUUGAUUUUUUUAGAGUGAUGAACCUCACCUUUGUAAAUUAACUUUCAUGAAAGAACAUUAGAAUUAGAAGGCAGAUUGCCUUAUAAAAUUACAGACAAAAGCAAAUCUAAGGGGAAAAAAAAGUAACGUACUUCAUUUACCACUAUGUAACUUUUAAUUUAGUUACUAAAUUUACUUCUAUUCUAAUUUAGAAACCAUUUUUCCUGUGGGAAAUCAAACUAAUCAUUUACUGUUUUAUUUUUCAAAUGCAAAGACCAAUGGUGGAUCAUUUAUUUGCAGUAUAUGUGUACAGCCGUCACAUUUCCCCUGGGAAAUUGUUAUUGUGUUUAAGUUCAAAAGCUCAAUAGCAAAUGUGAUGGUUAUGCAUAUACUUGUGUAUGUGUCAAAUGAAUCCAACCAAAAUAUUCAUUCAAAAACAUUUUGAUUUUAUUUAUUUUUAUUUUAUUAUUUCAUUUAUGUAAAUGUAAAGUUGUAUAAAUUUUUUAUUAGCUAUACCUGCUGGUCGGCACUGAUUUUCACUUUUGCUGUAACAUGUAUUUCUUUUUAUAAGCUGUUGUUUUUGUACAGUGUACAUGUUCCUAUGAUGUUUGGCCAACACGCAUUUUAGUUGCUGUUUUUGCAAAAAAAUGAUUCCCUAGCCUAAAAUGUACUUCACUCUUUGUCAACAGUGGAGUUCUAUUUCUAACUGACAGUGGUUUCAAUAAAAUUUGAAUUGGGAAUGAACUGUUGCUUAAUACUUAACACAACUGUCCAAUAUUUAAAGUCUUACAAAGAAUUACAGUGUAUGUGGCACUUUUUUAACCUUUCUGUCACCCGAGAAAUUUGUUAGUUUUGUGAUUCUGUUUUGUUUCGAUUCCUUUGUUUUUUUUCUUUGAGAUACAAAGUACAGUGUGUAACAUGUACGUGUAAACUUUCUUGAUACAUGUAAUUAAAGAGAGGCUCAGGAUUAUAACAUUUCAUAAUCAAUGUUACUCAAAUUCUAUCCCAUGCAUGCUCUUGGGACAACUCUUCACUAAUACAUGUACACUGUGUCCAUAUCCAUUUUUUGGGGUCUGUGUUGUAGUAAAGAUAAAACAAACUUUUCAUUUUGUGUAAAUACAUUUUGCUUCUUCUUAGAAAGUGUCACAUUCACGGGAGGGACAUAAUUUCUGGUACAUUUAGUAGGCUACUCUACCUCCGUGCAUGUAUCCACCUAUGUGUGAAACAAUACAUAUCUUUUUAGGGGGAGGGGGGCGGAAGAAAUGUUUUGAUGGUUAAAAUCAAAGCACCAAAAGAAGUUUUUUGCCCAUUAGCAUUACAGUUGUGUAUCAUAGUCACCACAAUGUAUGUGUUCACCCAUGUUUUUCAUUUACAUGUACAAUGUAUCAGAACAGCUGCCUAUACAUUCACCUGCCAGCACUAGGAAGGGAGGUAGUUGAAAAAUAAAAAUUUUCCCAGUGUUUCUUUGAUAGCAAGAUUGAUCACCUAUUUUAUGUGAAAGAUUAUUAUAAAAUGUAUGCUGACAGAGAGAAGUAUUUAGUGACUUAAUUCCUUUUUGUGUGUUUGUAAUAAUUUUUUGGACUCUAUUUUCUCUGUUUUAGUAGAUGGAUUAGAGAAAGUUGAACGGGAUACAUAGCAUUGUCAUUAUUUCAACUCUCCUUCCAGGCUGAACCACAACAACCAAAUGAAGUUUUUAAACAAUGCAUUAAUUAUUGGCUGCACAAUAAAUUAUUAAAGCUCUUCAACAACAAUGUAUUUUUAGACCACAGCAAUGAGGAAUCAAGUCUCCAUUUCGGAGUCAGAGUUGAGGGUAUUGAUGAGCUGAUGUCAAAUACAAAAUUCUCAAGAGAGGAGUUGCAAAGAAUGUAUAGAGGGUUUAAAAAUGUAAGUACACAGGCAUAUGUAUUAAUUUUUUCUUUCCUCAAAAUUAUGCCUCAAUAGCAUAUGCUUCUCAGUCUCCGACGAAGUAAAAUGAAAUCUCUGAAUAUUGAAAUAGCUUAAAAAGUUCAGUUAUCUCUAAAAACAGUCAAAGCCAAAUAAGUACCACAGCUACCAUGUAUCACUGUAUAGCAACAUGGCAUUUUAUAGAUGUGGUCCCUGUGGUUACAAUAAUAUAUUGUAUGAUUAAUGUAGUAAUAAAAAUAAAAAUAAUAGUUAAAACCCUGAGCUUUAUGAUGUUAACCUAAUCAGCCAGGUAAACAUAGUUAAAAAGUGUGAUAUUGUAAAAAUGGAACAGCUACAUGUAUGUUUAAAUAUCAAAAUAGAAUGAAUUAUUGGAAGUUCGAGACUGUACACUGUACUGUUUUCUUUUGUGAUUUCCCAGUGUAAAAAACUAUUUUCCUGUUUAACUCCUUGAUAAUAUCACAAAUGCUAGACAAUAGCAAAGAAUUAAAUUAUUUAAAUUUAUUUUAAAAAGGUUAAUUAUUUUACAUGCAUAUAUGCACAUAAAAAUUUUUGAGAGGAAGAAGAAUCAAAUAAUAAAGAAAUAAUUAAUUAAUUAUUAUGUGCUAAUGUUCUGAAGAGUUUUGAAAUAAAAGGUCUGUAUUAAUAUCAUGCUUUAUUGUGACAGGAAUGCCCUAAUGGAACAGUUGAUAAAGACACUUUUAAGAAAAUUUAUGCCCAGUUUUUUCCUUAUGGAGGUAUGUCUAAACUGAAGGUAAAAAUGUCAUGAAAAAAAGAAAUGAACUGGCAUUAAAAUGAUAUUUACCCUUAAGCUAUCUAUAAAUCAGCAUGAUGCUCAAUAAAAUAUUUACAUAAAUUAAUAUAAAAAUAGAAAAUCAUGCACUGAAAAAGGAUCUACAUGAAUGUGUACAUACUUUAAAAUCAAUGAAUUAGUGCCAAUUUAUUAAAAUUAAAACAGAGGAAAAUAAUGUAGGAUUACUUGAAAAUUGUACUUUUUGUAUCCUUUUUAAAUUGUUUCUCAGGUAUAAACUUUUGAACUCUUUUGAAAAGCAUUUGAGUUGAGUUGUUUUGGAGUGUUUUGAACAGCAAACACUAGCAUUGUAUAGCUGGUCUGGAGUUGCAAAUAAGCAGGCACCCUGAGUGACAUUUUCCCCAUAGUGAUGGGACAGCUCAUAUAACUGUGACUGCUAAGCAAUACAACAAGACUAGUGUGUUUGAUAAUAUUCACAUCGUGCUGUCUUCCUUCCAGAUUCAAGCCUUUAUGCAAAUCAUGUAUUUAAUGUCUUUGACCAAGACAGAGAUGGAAAAGUUUCAUUUGAGGUACAUGUCAGAAUAAUAUUGCAUAAAAUAUUGGAAUUUGUUUGACCUUUGACAACUGUCAAUUUUUUACCAGUUGUAGAGGCCAUUUGUGAAUGCAACUGAUUUUAAUCUAAAAUGUGGUGAUUUAGACAGUUGUAGUUGCUGGUAAGCAUGUCACAAAUAAUUAUACUCUGUAUCAUUUGCAAAGCUGUUCUCCAAAAAAGUAUCCUUGUGGAAUGCACAACAGAUCUCCUAAGAAUCUCUUUUGGUAGGACCCCUACAUACUUACAAAUAUGUAUAAAGGUCUCAUUUAAGCAUGGUAUGGUGCAUAGAUACAGCUGUUAUGGUGGUAAUCAGGUGUUUAGUGGUAAUUGUAUCUAAUUAAUUAACCCCAGGAUUUUGUGACUGGCCUGUCAGUGUCUCUUUACGGCUCUAGAGAAGAAAAAAUGAAAUGGGCAUUCAAGCUGUAUGAUCUGAAUGGUGACGGCUGGAUAACAAGAGAGGUACUGUACGUUUACUUCUAAAUUUGGUACAAUUUGAGUGACUAAUAAGUAGGAGGGAGAAGAAAAGAAAUUAUGUGGCAUAUUUGUUAUUUUUGUUGGUUAUCUAUAGCCUGUGUAGCAAGCGUUUCCUCGCGAGGUUUGUCUAGAAAACUGGAACAAGAAAAAAGAAAAAUGAAUGUUUUUUUGCUUCCGCUCUAACUUUCGCGCAAUAACUCGAUUGGAAACGCUUGCUACGCAGGCUCUGUUAUCUAGUGCAUCUAGUGCAUCAUUACCACAUGCCUUGGCCCAUUUAAAAUUACCAGCCCAAUUACUCUGUGAAUUGUACUCAACUUUACACUGUACCUGAGCUCUUGCAUGUGGGGAGUGUUACCCUUAGCUUAUGAUUACAUUAUUGGUUGAGGUCCCUUCACCUUUAAUAUUGGAUACUUCAAAGGAGCUGUGUCACAAAAUUUAUCAAUAUCCCAUCUGUGGGAGAUGCAGGUUGCAAAGAAAAUCAUUUUUACAGCUUUCCAUUCGGGCAAGUUGAAGCUAGCAUUUACUAGCCCAGACGUCAUUCAACUAGCUCCAAAAACAUUUUGACUAGCAGAAUUGAUUUCACAGUUCUUCUGUUAUUCAAAUUCCUCAAAAAACAUCACUUGCCUGUUGGGCAAGUUAAAAACAGAAUUCACUUGCCCGAUAGCAAAAUCCCCUAGCCCCGCGCUAUCAGACAGUACUUUCUUUGCACAUUGGGGAGAUGUCACCAAAUUCAGCAAAACAAAUUGGUUGGUUAUUGGGCUAAUUGAAUAUUUUGAUUACAUUGUUUUCAGGAGCUGGCUACAGUAGUUCAUUCAGUUCACUGUAUGAUGGGACUUGAUUCCAUGCCAUCAGCUGGUAGUGAAGAGAUGAGUAUUGAGGAACAAGUUGAGAGGCUAUUUGUGGUAAGGAAUAGUUAUGUGAUAACAAAAACGACGGCUUUAUAAAUUAUAGAGGAGCAGCAGCAGUAACAGCAGGGAAAAAUUCUGACAGAGUCCACUGGUUUAACUGUUGUAUUGCACUUGUGUAAAUUAGAAAUUACAAAAAUCUAUAUUAAUUGACAGACUUUUACAAUAAUAGUUAUACAUUUGAUUAUUUUUAUAGAAAAUGUGCAAUAUAAAUAUUAGAUAUUAUUAUACUAUUAGCAGAGCUAAGAAGGUUAAAGGAGUUAAAGUACAAACUACAAUGCUUGACAAAAUGGAAGAAAAAAAGAGAAAGAAAAAGGGAAACGUUAUCUUGUCAAUCUUUCUGCAUUUAGUCUAUUUGACUGGAGCUUACACUGUAUAAUAUGCGAAAGGUAUCAAUUCUAGGAGGUUUACAGUAAGUUUGUUUACUAACGUAUUAACCAAUUUUUAGCUAAUGGACAAGAAUCAAGAUGGCGUUAUUUCAGAAGAGGAGUUCUUGGACGGAUGUGAGAGGGUAAGAAAUAAUGUAAAUAGCUUAGUAAAUGCAUGCAUAUGUAACAGACUUUGGAAGUGAGGAAUAACAAUGUGGAGGAAAAAGGGGUAUUUUCAAAAGCGUUUUAACAAUGUAAAAGUUUGCUAUUUGAUGUUUAAUUACACUAGUAUAUACUACUACAUCUGAAAUAACAUGUGUUCAAUUAAGUGUCUAAAACCUAAACCAACUGAGUAAUUAAGGGAAGAGAUAAUAAUGAGAGACAUUUUAUCAAGAAACAAUUUUUCCUUGGGUUUCUCUAGGCUGGAUGAGAAUCUGUAUCAUAAUUCCUGAUUAAGUUACAGCACAGGCAGCCCAGACAUGCUGAAUACUGUGUAUGUCAUUUACAAUAAUUAUAAAGAUCAACAAAAGAGGACCGGAGUCGACUAAAUUCCACUGAAUUUUUAAAAAUACCCCUUUUUCCUUCAAAAUUAAAGUGAUAAUUCUUAAUAACUGUUGUUUUAGAAUUUAUGUAUAUCAUUGUUUAAUUUUCCAGUGAAUUUUGCUCUGUUCCUCUUUCAAUUUGAUGCUCUUAUGAGCCUUGUAUUAACAUACUAAACAGAGCCUAAAAUCAAAGUAUUACAAAAUGAAGCUUACAUACCUCUUUAGCUGAAUGUCUCCUUGUCAGUCUUGGCCGGUUUAAAUGGCAUUUUGUUGAGUUUUGCACUUGGAGGUAGCAUCCACUGUGUAAGAAUUAUAAACCUUCGAAAAUAAUUUUGACUUUCAGUCAUUUUGAAAUCAAUCCUACUUAAGUAAGAAAUAAACAUAAGAACGUAGAUUAACAGGCCGAUUUAAGUCGGUUUUUGUUUUCAGAGAUCGUAACAAAAUACAACUUCUCUUUCAGGAUGAAUCUAUUAAACAAAGUCUGGCAAUGUUUGACUCCGUAAGAUGAAGAGAUAAAGCAACAGAAGAGUUGAAAAUGAUAAAAGAUAAUAUAUAACAUGUACCUAAUCCAUAAAUUAAAGUAAGAAUUGAUUGUGCCAUUAUAUAAUAUUUAUUUGUACAUUUUUAGCCUUAGUAUUUACGGAUAAUUAUGCCAGUAUUUAAAAUUAUUAGUUCCCUGUUUUAGGGGGUUGUAAUGCAGAGAGAAGAACAAAAAAAAGAUGAAUAAAUAAGGACUCAGAGCAAAGAGAUUUUGCGGUGCGAAAUAUAUCGAGGUUUUCUCAACGUCAGUCCUCAUUUUUUUGUUGCAGUCGGUCACGUGAUCAUCUCGUGAUCAGCUAUUUCUAGACAAUCAGAUGACCAACAAGUAAGGUGUUGAGGAAACAUCAGAAUAUUAUGUUUCCAGAGUAGGAAGUUAAACUUUUUUAUAAACUAUGAAACCGGUCAACAUUUUGCACAUUGGAUAAAUAUUUCACUCGUCGGUCGCCCAUUUUCUUACUAUUUAUGUUACAAAUUGUAUAAUAUUUAAACAUGUAAAGCGUUAUUUAAAAUAUUGAAGUAUUUAUUGUCAUAUUCUACGGUCAUUCUUAAGUGGAUAAAAAUCUUACACUGACACUUUUUUAGUCACAUUUUAAAGGAUUUUUAAAAAUUUGAACCCUUCAUUUGACAAAGUUGAAUUGCGGCAUCGGUUUUAGUUUUUAAAAUAACGUUUAUCAUUAAAGGAAUAAUAGAGUAAUUGAAUAUUUAACUGCGACGAGGAUUCAUCUAAGUCACACAUCGUCGCACGAAACACAGUUUGACAUUGAUAUGGAAAUCAUGCAUUGGGCGCGCAACC